UAAUCUUCAUUACUAUCCAGUUAAGUCCAUUCGGUAAAUAAAUGCCACUGUACUCAUAGAAUUGAAAAGUUUAGUUAGUAAGCGCGCAGGCGUGCUCGUCUACAAAAAGUACAAACCUCAGAAUGAAGUUAAUCAAGUCUCGUGUGGUUCACCAUGCCGUUACUAUGGCUCCUCCUCGGAUUAUCAUCUCAGACGGCGGGAAAGUGGACGAGAAUAAAGAAAGAGGAAACUGGUCCAGCGGAAUCGAAUUUCUUCUCUCCUGUCUCAGCUAUGCUGUUGGCCUGGGGAACAUCUGGAGGUUUCCUUAUUUGUGUUACAGAAACGGGGGAGGUGCCUUUCUUAUCCCAUAUACCAUCAUGUUGAUAUUUGUGGGACUACCACUGUUCUUUCUCGAGUUGGCCUUUGGGCAGUUUGCAAGUGAAGGACCAAUCACGAUAUGGAAGAUAGCUCCACUUUUUCAAGGUUUGGGUUAUGCCAUGGUGUUGAUGUCGUUCCUUGUUGGUAUCUACUACAACAUGAUUCUGGCUUGGUCCUUAUUCUAUCUCUUCUCUUCCUUCACUAGCCAACUUCCCUGGAGCUCCUGUGAAAACUGGUGGAACACUAAUGCAUGUCGAAAGUUUGACACCAAGAAUUGCACUGCCCAUAACGGAACAGUCCUGGCCAAUGGUACUUGUAUUCUGAGGCAGAUGGUCAGUAAUGAAGAGUGGUCAGUUUUGUCCAACUCAACAGAUAACACUAAAAUGGCUAGCGAUGAAUACUUUCAUAACUUUGUUCUGGAUUUGACCGAGGGCCUCCAUGAUCUUGGUAAUAUUAAGUGGCAACUGGCUUUAUGUCUCCUGGCGUGUUGGAUUCUUCUUUUUUUCUGCUUGGUCCGAGGUGUCAAGAGUAUAGGAAAGGUUGUGUACUUCACAGCGUUAUUUCCUUAUGUGGUGUUGGUUAUCUUGCUGAUCCGAGGAGCUACGUUAGAUGGGGCUUAUGAUGGGGUUAUGUUUUAUCUUACCCCAGAAUGGCACCGUUUGAAAGAAGCCAAGGUUUGGGCUGAUGCAGCCAUGCAGAUUUUUUUCUCAUUAUCACCUUGUUGGGGCGGAUUAAUCACCCUAGCCAGUUACAACCGUUUCCAUAACAACUGUUUCAGGGACUCUCUAGUAAUCACAUUUGGCAAUUGUGCAACAAGCUUCUUUGCGGGGUUUGUCAUCUUUAGUAUUGUGGGGUUCAUGGCUCAUGAACUGGGGGUUCCUGUGUCCGAGGUUGCAGCCCAAGGUGCUGGUUUGGCCUUCAUUGCCUACCCUGAAGCAGUAGCCCGUCUCCCUGUCUCACCAUUGUGGUCGUUUCUGUUCUUUUUUAUGCUCAUGACCCUAGGAAUGGGAACACAGUUUACCUUGAUUGAGACUGUCGUAACAACAAUUGUGGAUACCUGGCCUAAUAGACUUAGACGUAACAAGCAUUACGUUCUGGGUCUGUGCUGUACUACCAUGUUUCUCUGUGGCCUAGUGAUCUGCACAGAGGGUGGCAUGUAUGUACUUCAGCUGCUCGAUAAUUACUGUGCAAGUUUUUCAGCUUUGCUGAUUGGAAUCAUCGAAGUUGUUGUGAUUGGCUGGAUAUAUGGAAUAGAUCGUUUCCUUGACGAUAUAAAGGUGAUGCUGGGUCAGUAUCCCUUCCACUAUCAAUACUGGAGAUUAAUUUGGAAGAUCCUCACUCCCCUGUCAAUUGUUGCUGUCCUGGUGUUAAAUGUGUAUUAUUUUAUAUUUUUAUAG